AUGAGCCAACACAAUGCUCCUCUGCCGCCUCCCCCCCCGACGCCACGCACGGCUGGUCAAGCGCCGGUGGACUUCUUCUCCCAUAGACGCGUUCGGCCCGCGACAGCUCAACCUCCAUCCCUCUUGACUGAUGUACUGAGAUCUCAAGGCAAUCUAGAUGCUGCUCGUACGCCUGGGUCGAGUGGCAACGGGACUCCGUUCCCCUUCAGUCCUUCGACGCCUAUCGCUCUGAACCUCAGGACUACUAAUGUCUUGACGCCAGCAGGAUCUCAAAGCACGACGCCAAUAAUGGAGCCCUAUGAUCCGAGGCAAUGGGGUCAGGGCAGGCAAGCUUCGGGGUCGCAGAUGGUUUAUGGAAGGACUGGUAGCACUCGAAGCACGCGAGAGGCGACUGGGAUGGAAGAGGCAAUGCCGUCACCUCCGCCACCUUACUCACCAGAAACGCCUGGAGGUUCCAGGAUCGCACCUGGAUCAACACCGUUGCUUGAGAGUGUGGGCUUCACUGCUUCACCACUCCCGUCCGAGUCUGCACGCAGCUCGCCUCAAAUGCCAAUGUCUCCGGCAUUCCCACCUCCUCCUGGACAGUCCACCUCACGAUUCCGAGACCGCUCAACUUCAGGCCUAGCAGGACCACGCGCUCUCCUUGCUGGACUGCGAGGUAAACAGCCUGUCACUGCUGAGCCACCACUGAGUCCAGCAUUCUAUGGAGGAGCACCAUUCGUGGAAGUUCAUGCGCCUGCAGCUAGACGAGCAGCAUCCACGGGGCACUUACAGUCCGCUGUCCAUCCAGUCUUCGUAGCAGCAGAGAUGAGUUCCUCAGCCCGUGCAUCGCCAGAGUCAAGCCGGCAGCAAGGGAUCGCAUUACCUGGACCACCUCCGGGCCCACCACCACCUAACAUGAGAUCACAAAGCCUGAAUCGCUACCCUACAGGUUCAUCGACACAAUCCGUUCAGUCUAACACUCCUAGCCAUGCCGAAUCUUUCCAGAGAAGAAGGGCUGCGGCGUCAACACUCGGACCUGUGCCGCCGACACCUGCUGACUGGACAGACACCCAAGGCGUUUUGUCCAAUCCCUCACAGCAGCCGGUGUCUAGUAGUCACGCUAUUGCUACUGAGUCUGAUCCUCAGUAUCAACCGCUCAGGAUUGACACCGGCACUAGACGGGAGACCUCAAUAACACGAAGACCAGCAAGGAGAGACAAGAGCGCCCAAGGCAUACAGGAGCGUCGCUCCCUAAGCCGAAGGGCGAAAGACAGGACUGAGGAUUUGAUGUCACCAUUGAGUGACGACUCAAGGCCUAGCGAGAGCUCAUUCCAUCCGGCAGAAGGUACUAUAAGCCUGAGACGUGAGCAUUUGCGAAAUGUGUCUGGCGUGGCUGUUUCCUCUAGCAUUACUGCUGUGGCUAAUCAGCAAGCACAACUAUCGCAUACUGGCACGAACAUUGGUCAGCCUCAGAUACCCAGCAGUGUCUUGACGCCACCAUAUACUCCAGCCGUCAAGCAGGAUCUGACAUCACGACGCGAGACCGAGCGUACCCGCGCCGCUUCUAGUGCACGGCCUGUGUCACAUUUGUUGCAUACGCCCAACGAGGAGAGCGCGAUGCCCGCGCCACUGAGCCCAGCACGGCCACCUUCGGCCUCCUCUAUGAAGUCGUCUACAAGGCUAGACAGCUUUGCAUUGGAGGCGCUAGGACGACAUCGUGCUUUUGUGGAGAAAGAGUCACUCGCGACCUCAGAUGAAGAACGUCUUGAGCUUUUCGCGAAUUUUAUGGUUCACGAAUCACGGCUACGACGAGAUCGUUACCAGGUAGCUUAUGGUGCUAUGGCUGGCGAUAUUCUGGACCUCACAAGAGAUAUGUGGCGUCCGUAUGGCAGAGACAGCAAACGAGCUGUCACUCCGAGCACUUCCAUGUCGUCAUUCGACCCGACAGCACCCUCGUGGGCUUCUGACGGCCAGCCUUCUUCUGCCCAAGGCAUGCCUAGCUCAGCGUCAUCUUUCGGCGACUUUACACCUGCGACAGACGCAGCAUCAAUUGGUGAUGUUGCAGAAGCCUUCGACCGAUCAGAGUCACGACAGUGGACGGAAGCUUUCAAGCCAACACUAUCUCCGAUCCCUAGCAUGGCACAAAGUACAGUACCGGACGAAGAGAGUUCUCGUGGACGCACAGCAAGUCGUUGGUGGGAACAGAGCCAGUCCGGAUCCGGCUCAGGCAGUAUCGGCAAACCCGAUCGUCUCGAGCGCAGCCAUCGGGAGACGAAGUACAUGGGCGUCAAGGCAACUGAAUUGCAGAACGAUGCUGAGCUAUCACCAGCUUUGAGCAGGCAGUCCGCGACGCCUGGUGCUAGUGCUACGUUCCCACCGGACGUAGGUGAGUAUCCACCAGAGAAGACUGGUUGGCACGAAGGCGUAGACUUCGAUACACCAAUGGCGACUCCUGCACGCAUCGCCGAGCGCAAGUCAUCUACAUCAUCCAACAAUCCACUGGACAUCUCUCGGUUGAUAACGCUACCACCUCCGUACCCACGACAUCACCCGGCAAUCAAUAAUAGCCAUCCUCUGCUGACCUCCCUACGCAACGACCAUCGGACGCUAGCAGACCAUGCCGGCCACCGAGCAACUAAGGAUGCAUUCCUGGACAGUGACUUCUCUAUUCGACAGCAGCAGAAAGAGCUUGCGAAGGAAAGACGACAAAAGCUGCGAUCAAGCGUCCAAGGCAAGAUAGCAGAUGGCACGAUCUCCUUUGGGGAUGCCGCGCAAGCAGAAAAGGACUUCGACGUAGAAGAAGCAGAACGUGGCAAGGCUAACGCUAGAGCAAAUUUUGAUCGCUUCGAGACGCAAGUCGCUCAGCCUCUGAACACGACGAUCAGCGAGCGUAUCGCGAAAGCAGACGCUUGUAUAGCACAGCUCAAGAACGACCUCCACUCACGCAACCAGACCUCUGACCCCAACCGCGCCCAAGAGGAAGGUGACGAGCAGCCCGAGCGAUUGGAGACACUGACAUUAUUGAAAUGGCUGUUCGAAGUCCGCGAACAACUGCACAAAGACAUGUUCGACCUCCACGCCGAACGAAGCGAGCAGUACUCUGAAGUAAUCCUGACCCCAUACCGGAUCCAACGACUGCAGACCAAAAUCGACGAAGCGACGACGUUCUUCGCGAAGGACAGCCGACAGCGACACCUCACCUUCGCCCAAGAGACACAGGCACGAUUUGAGGACUUGCAGGGCGUGAUGGAACAUAAUGUCUCGCGAGGCGUGGAAGAUCAAUUGAGUGCAUUCUGGGAUAUCGCACCUGGUCUUCUCGAGAUCACGUCCAGGAUACCGAUCGAAUUGGAAGGUUUCGAGGUAAUGGUGCCUAAUGCUGAGCUAGAGGAGAAUCUAGGGUACGUGGAGUACCCGCUCCAGUACCUCUGGACUUUACUUGGACAUGCUGGAAGGAGUGCGUAUCAGUUCAUUGAGGGGCAGAUCAAUCUGCUGUGUCUGUUGCAUGAGGUUAGGACUGCGGCGUCGAAGAGUACGCUGAGGUUGUUGGAGGUUGAGGGGAGUGGUGGAGCGGGAGGAGAGGGAGAUUUGGCUGGUGCGAGGCGGGAGGCAGAAGCGAGACUGACUGCGGAUUUGCAGGACAAGGUGGGAGAGGUCGAGAGGCAGUGGAGCGAGGCGUUGGAUGAGGGGUUGGAGGAGUGUAAGGGUAGGGUGAGAGCUUUCCUCGAGGUUACUGGAGGCUGGGAAGAUGGGUUGGAGGGCUAA